AUGACAUUAAAUUACUUCGUAACUGCACACAGCAAACUCGCUGACGGACACAAUCAGACGCAAAUAAAUCACAACAGCAGAAAUGUAAUUAAAGUACUUGCCAGUGGUGAGGUGUCCCUAAUCCCGGAUAUGAUUCAUGCCUGGAUCGUUCUGACGGCCAGGAAAGAUACUCCAGGGCUUUGUAGAUCUAGUAUCGAAAAGCGAGCGAAUUAUUUGCGGAAAUGUUUCAAAAGUUUGAAAAUCGAGCUAACAUGGCGGGUACUUCUGCCUAAUUUCGAAGUAUGGCAAAGAGCCCGAGACGUGAUUAGUGAAAAGAUCGAUCACGUGACCAUCAGCAAACCUGAUUUUGGAUAUCUGCCGAAAACAAUCGAAAAAGCUAGGGAUUUCCUUGCAUUAGAACCCGGUUUCUGCAGCAGCAAAGCCAGACGGUCAGCUUACCUAAAAGCUGUAGAAUUAGGAAAAGAUAAAGCGAAAAUAGCAGCGGAAGUGGUAAACAUGAUGGUCAAACAUGCUAUCUCCAUCGAGGAGUUGGAAUGCGACGAGAGGAUGAUUUUAGAAGCUGGUAAUCCUGAUGAUUAUUCUGAUGACGAUGACGGUUGUGGUGGUGAUGUUUGCGGCCACGGCGAUAAUGGUGGUAGCGUUUUGCGGCGCUUGACUGGAGGAAAAAAUUCCGGUUUAAAAUUAAUGAAUUUGAAUUUAGCUUCUAAAUUGUGUUUGUCGUUUGAAUUGAUGGAUAGGUGCUGA